AUGUUAUAAGAAUUAUAAUCAUUAAAAGAGAGGAAGGAGAGUUUGAAGAAUCAAAGGAUUGCUUUAGAGGAGGAGUUGAAUCAGUUGUUGAGCUAUUUGGAGUAGGGUUCGAAAAAACAAAGCGAUGCUUAUAAUGUUAAGUGUUUGAGCACUGAAUUCGAGAUUAAGAAGAAAGAAAUAUAGAAGCAGAUGGAAAAGGAGAGUUAGGAAAUCAUAAAGAAUCAACAAUAUUGUACUGAAUAAUAGAGAGUGUAUAAGGAGAGAGCUGAUUGGAUUGAUAAAUUCAAUGAUAAAUUAAAGGAAGAUUUUAAGUCAUGUCAAAAAAAAGAGUGAGUUAUCCUUCUAUUUCAUAAGGGAAACGAUAUAGAUUAGAAGCACAGUGGCUAAAGGAAUAAAACGGUUGUUUCUAUUGUAGUUAUGUACGAUUUUCUUUGACAAGGAAAACUAGAGACUCUUGUGGGGAUUGCACAAGAUCAAAUUUCUGAAUGAUGGUCAAUAGAAUAUAACAAGUUAGGAGGAGGAUCAAUUGGCUACUUCUUUGGGCUAUUUAGGAUUACUAUUGUAGUAGAUAGCAAAGAUUAAGGGAGUGACAUUGAAAUAUGAAUUCAAAUUUAAGGGGAGUAAGAGUUACAUCCAAUAAUAAAACGAGUACAUGUAAUUGAAUAUACUAGCACUUUGUAUUUAUUUAGUUAAAAGCCGUCUAAUUUGAAAGUAUUGAAAUAAAGUUCUGGAUUAUUGAUUCAAAAUCUAUAUAUAAUAAUGGAGGAGUUGAGUGUAUAGAAAUAGUGGAGAAAUCAAUCAUUGCCAACCAUAAUAGGUAAGAUAGGAGAGAUGCUAUGGGUGGAUGCUUGA